CAUGGUUGCCUUUUUUUUGUGCGAUGUCCCCUUAAUCUAUGUGAAGUACCUGCUUCCCUUUCAGAGACGUUUGGUUUCCUUAGAAACAGUGUCUACUUGAGGGAACUGCCAUCUCGCGUCUCUCCUCGGUGGGAUAUAACCUGCGACCAAUAUCAACAAAGUUUUCCAACCCCUUAGGAACAAGUGAACACAUGGAAAUCUCUCUCAAACACGGUAACCGUCGAGGUAGAAACACGUUCUUAGCGCCCCGAGGACGCGCAGUCGUGCUGACAGACGGUUCAUUGACAAGGUGCCUUGACCAUAUGGCCGCGUCUGUAGGCUGAUUAGUCAGAUAAAACCAAGGCCGCACAGUCGACAUAAUCAGCAUUGAGGGAAGACACGGUCACUGCACAAUGCCAUUGAUCAAGCUGUCGGUUGAUGCCAGUCUCCAUCUUGAAUAGCCCUUCUUCCCCAAUCCAUCCAUCCUGCAAAUGACCACAGAUAAGCCAUGCGGACAUAGAUAAUCAUGAGCCCGAAUAAAGCACCUGAGUGGACAAGCAUGAAAAGGCUAAACCUCCACCUCAUUGCCUUCUUGCUCGGCUAUUUCAUGGAUGACGGCCUCUGUGGCCAGGCAAUCUGCAACAGAACGGCCCCUGGUGAGUGGCGCACGCAGCCCCAGAGCACCACUGUGAAAUGGACACUCAUGGAGAACACCUGCACCGGCUUGACCCAGUGCCACGGCGAGCAAAUUGGAGGGGAUGAGGGGGCGCAGUUGCAGCCGCCCAACGCCUCGUCGCCCGGCCUCUCACAGCUCUGCCCGUUGGAGCUGCAGCUGGGUGACGUGCUGUACAUGGUUGCAGAUGCUACGUUGGAGGAGUAUGGCCUCAACCUGGCGAACGGGUCAAAGGACGACUUUGACAACUGCUCCAUUGGGCAGCCUCAUCUGGCACAGUACCUGUUUUUUGGCGACAUGAACGGAACUGUGCCGGUUGAGCCAAAAUGGCUGACCUUGGGGGUGCACUACUUUGUAGCUUCCCAUGAAGGCAGCUCCCAGUUAUGCAAACUCGGCCUGCGGCUCAAAGUGUCAGUGAAAGAGCAGAACUGCCAGCACUCCCCUCUUGUGCGCUUGUGCUCAGGAAAUGGCAUUUGCAGGACAAACAUGCGGAGCCUCACAUACACUUGUGAAUGCUUAAAGCAUCACUCGGGAAGAUUUUGUGAGAAAUAUGACAUAUGCUCUGAAAACCCCUGCCUUAAUGGUGGCACGUGUGUGAGAAAUGGAUCCAGCGACCCAAAUGUUCACCGCUAUGAAUGCAAAUGCUCACCGGGGUUCGCAGGGAUUAACUGCUCUGAAAUCAUUGGAAAAGAAAAUUGCAACAAACAAUGCCUAAACGGACUGUGUGUACAAGGGACACCAGCUUCCUUGAAAUGUGACUGUCAUCCAGGGUAUUCAGGUUCUCUUUGUGACGUGAGGAGGACUCCAUGUUUGUCCAACCCAUGCAAAAAUAGUGGGAAGUGCACAGAGACUGCUGAAGGAUAUACCUGCUCCUGCCCAGAAGCGUUUGUGGGUCCGCACUGUGACACAGAGUUGAACAGCACUUGCGUCUCAUACGGAUGUCAAGCCGAGCCGCCGUGCUCUGAUGAGGAACACCCAUCCGCGUGUGUGUGUGAGGAGGGAGGCCCCGCAGGCGUACGCAGACAAUGCAGGAGGGUGCGACAGCCGUGCGCCUCCUCUCCCUGUCUCAACAACGGCAGCUGUGUAUCCCUUGGUGACGAUUACACCUGCAGAUGCCUCAGAGGGUUUACCGGGAAGAACUGUGAGGAAAUAAUUGACUACUGCAGGCUGCUCAGUAUUAACUGUCUGAAUGAAGGAUUGUGCCUCAACCUAAUUGGCGGGUAUAAUUGUCUCUGCGCGCCCGGGUGGACAGGAGAGGUUUGCCAGCAUGUGGAGAAUGCCUGCCUGAUUUAUCCAGAGGGCUGCAAGAACGGAGCCACAUGCAUAAGUAUAAGCCAGCCUACGGCCCCCCCACGCUACACCUGCAAAUGUGCUCCCGGCUACGCAGGAAGACACUGUGAGGCCGAAGUAGACGAGUGCGAUUCCAACCCUUGCCGGCACAACGGAACAUGCAGCGACUUGGUGGGAUCUUACCGGUGCACUUGUCCCCCAGGAUUCUUUGGAGCGAGUUGCGAGAUGGAUGUAGAUGCCUGUGCUCUUCCAAAUACCACAUGUCCCCCGAAGACUGUGUGUUUGGAUUUACCUGAUGGGUUAAGGUACACGUGUCGCACGCCGUGUCCCCAACACAUACAGCCCUGUGCCAACGGAGGCCGCUGUAUUCUUAACAAUGCCACCAGCUACAGUUGUGUUUGUCCUCCCGGGUGGGCAGGCCACAACUGCCUCGUCAACAUCAACGACUGCAAUCAACACUGGUGCCAGAAUGAAGCCACAUGUGUCGACAAGGUCAACGGCUACAGCUGUCUUUGUCCUGCCGGUUACACUGGCACCUACUGUGAAGUCGAUAUUGACUAUUGUGUUGGGAAUCGGUGUUCGGACCACGGCACCUGUCUGGACCAAGAGCAGAACUACACCUGCCGAUGCUCACCGGGGUACGAGGGCAGAUUCUGUGAGACGAGGGUGAACCAGUGUCGAAGUUCCCCCUGCUCCAACGGAGCCACCUGUAUUGAAACUGCACAUGGUUACCAGUGCCUGUGCGCUCCGGGUUAUGAAGGAAGUACCUGCUCAGAAAAUGUGAAUGACUGCUGGUCUAGGCCCUGCUUGAAUGGAGGUUCUUGCAAGGAUCUCACCAAUGGCUUUACUUGUUUUUGUCCUAUUGGGUUCCAGGGUAAAGACUGUGCUGUGGACAUCGACCUCUGCAGUCUAGGUUUGUGUCAGGAGCAUGCAUUGAAAUGUAUCGAGACGGAGGAUGGAAACAAUGUCACUUGCAUCUGUGAGAAAGGCUUUGGCGGCCCAUUCUGCGAGGUAAAUCAAAACGAUUGCGAAUCGAUGCCGUGCCAAAACGGUGCCGUGUGUGUGGACGGUGUCGACACGUAUCGGUGUUUCUGCCCUGAGGGUUUUGAGGGUGACUCCUGUGAAAUUACCAAUAAUGAAUGCGACUAUGGAUUUUGCACAAACAAUUCCACCUGCAUUGACUUGCCUGGAGAUUAUACCUGCGUUUGUCCAGAAGGAUUUACAGGUAAAAACUGCUCUGUGGCGAUCUUCAAGUGUGCGGAGAGGGUGUGUCCAACCGACGGCACCUGCAGCUCCACCCAAGGCUUGGGAGGCGAGGGCUGCUCAGAGCUGGCUGGAGAGUGUGUGUCGAAUCCGUGCGAACCCACGGGGACCCGCGCCUGUGUGGAGCAGGUGAGCGGCUUUAAGUGCGUGUGCCGCCAUGGUUACGCGGGGAGGCUCUGCGAAACACCCAUAAGCCACUGCGUCCACGGGCUGUGUCAACACGGAUCAAAGUGUGUGGAUCUCCGUGGAGGCUUCACAUGCGAGUGUCUCUUUGGGUUGACUGGGAGAUUCUGCGAAGUAAACAUUGAUGAUUGUGCACACAAUCCAUGCGGCGUUCUCAGCUUCUGCAAAGAUGCUCUCGAUGGCUAUGAUUGUUUUUGUGCGCCUGGAUUUAUUGGCAAUAACUGUGAGAUUGAAGUGAACGAGUGUCUGAGCCAGCCGUGCCUGAAUGGAGGCUCCUGCUCGGACGAGCUCAACGGCUUCAGCUGCCAGUGCCCAUACGGAGUCGCAGGUGACCUCUGUGAAGUUAGUGUUGAUGAGUGUCAGUCAUCACCAUGCCACCACAACGGCACCUGUAUUGACCUGGCGUUCGGCUAUAAGUGCAUCUGCCUUCCUGGUUUCACAGGCCCCGAAUGUGAGCUGGACAUUGAUGAGUGUGCCUCGUCCCCUUGCAAGAAUGGAGCCACUUGCAUUGACCAGCCUGGUAAUUACUCCUGCCAGUGUGUGGCUCCAUUUAAAGAAAUUAUCAGAGGACUGAACUGUGAGUUCUUGCCCUGCGAGGCCAGCAACCCAUGCGAGAACGGCGCAGAGUGCGUGGCGGCGACCGACCAGGAUCGCUUCCCCCUAGGCUUCCGCUGCCUGUGCCAGAGGGGCUUCGCCGGGCCGCGCUGCGAGAUCAACCUGGACGAGUGUAGCUCCAGCCCCUGUCUCCAUGGCUUCUGCUACGACGUGGUUGACGGCUUCUCCUGCCUCUGCAACCCCGGCUACGCGGGCGUCAGGUGUGAACAGGACGUCGACGACUGCGACGGCAACACGUGUGCAAACAACUCGACGUGUGUGGACCUUCACAUGGGCUACCAGUGUGUCUGCGCUCCAGGUUGGGAAGGGGAUCUUUGCCAAGAGGAGGUGGAUGAGUGUGCGUCAGAGCCAUGCAAAAACAACGGCACCUGUGUAGACCUCUUAAACAGCUACAGGUGCUUGUGCACCCUAGGCUGGACGGGGUCAGACUGCGGCGAGGACAUAAACGAGUGCGACUCGGCGCCCUGCCUGAACGGAGCGCGCUGCGUCCAGUCCGAGGUCCCUGGGGAGUUCUCCUGCACCUGCCCCCCGUUCUUCACCGGCCCUCUGUGCAGGGUGCCCUUUGACCCCUGUGACCCCCAGCACAGCCCCUGCCGGCACAACUCCACCUGCCUCACUCGACCAGAUGGCACGACCUCCUGCAACUGCCUGGCUGGUUUUGAGGGAACCCACUGUGAAAUUGACAUCAACGAGUGUGGCUCAAGUCCAUGCCAAAACCAGGGUUAUUGUGUGGACGGGAUCAACGGUUACACUUGUGACUGCAAACCAGGGUUUUCCGGUAGGCUCUGUGAUGAAGACAUCAAUGAGUGCGCCUCCAGCCCUUGCCAAAAUGGAGGCAUUUGCCAAGACCUUGUGAAUAGCUUCCGCUGUAACUGUCCGCCAGGCUACUUCGGGGCCCUGUGCAGCCUGGACGUGAACGAGUGCGAGGCGUCCCCGUGCCUCCACGAUGGUGUCUGUAUCAACAGGCCCGGGGGCUUCAGAUGCAUCUGUCUCCCCGGCUUCUCAGGAACAUGGUGUGAGUUAAACGUCAAUGAAUGCCACUCAGACCCGUGCCAAAACAAUGGAAGAUGUGUGGACGGUCCCAAUGGCUAUCAGUGUUGGUGUGCAAAGGGGUUCACUGGCUCCGACUGCGAAACCAAUAUUGAUGAGUGCUUGUCAAACCCUUGUCUUCGUGGCAGCUGUGUUGAUGGCACUGGGACCUUUCACUGUCACUGUGAGCUGGGGUGGACCGGCUAUACGUGUGAAACAAACAUAGACGAAUGCAAGUCCAGGCCUUGUUUGAAUGGAGGAUCUUGUGUGGACCUCACUGAUAAAUAUGCCUGCUUUUGCCUGGAUGGAUAUACUGGAAAGAACUGUGAAGUGGACAUCAACAUAUGCCAGCAAAACAUGUCUUUGUGUUUCAAUGGAGGGACAUGUUUGGAUGGGCCUGGUUCCAAUUUCACCUGCAGCUGCCCACCAGGCUUCGUUGGUGAUUUCUGUGAGGUGGAUCACAAUGAAUGCUGCUCCGAACCCUGUCAAAAUGGGGCCGUCUGCCAGGACCUUACCAACGGAUACUACUGUCACUGUAGACCAGGUUGGACAGGCCUUCACUGCAAGGAUGACAUUAAUGAGUGCCUGCCGCAGCCAUGCAACCAAGGGAUGUGCAUCCAGAACGAUCCAGGCCAUGGCUACACCUGUUUCUGUCGGCCCGGAUUUGUGGGGAGCCACUGUGAACACAAUUACGAUGAUUGUCUGCUACACCCGUGCCCCGACGGCUACGCCUGUGUGGACGGCAUCAACAGAGCCAGCUGCGUGCCUGAUGAGCCCGGUGUCCUGUCUGUGCCAGCGACGGCGCAGCCCCCGUGGGGCCCCGGAUCCGGCACCCUUUUUCCACUGCCAACCGCCACCAUCCUGCCAAUUCCUGUGCUGCAGAACACUGAGCCAACAGACGUCAGCUACGUGAGGUAUUCAGGUGACUCCUACCUAGAGUUCCAAGGAGUUGACCUGGGAACGGCGAGCACAAUCACCAUGAGAUUUCAGACCCUGGAAGUCAAUGGCACUCUUCUAUAUUCAGACCAAGGACGUGAUGUCAGUGCCUUCUUCUUCAUUAAGCUCUUCAUCCAUGAAGGCACACUUCAGUAUGACUUCUCAUGCAACCAAGAGGAGGGCAUUCGCCAGAUCAAUACCAGCAUACAUGUUGCUGAUGGGGCAGAGUAUCUGGUUCAUGUCAGACAGUAUCUAGCUCCCUGUGAGGCUGAAGUGGCGGUGUCUGGCUAUGAGAGAGUUCGGAGCAUCCCUAGCAACUACUGGUCUGGCCUUACGAUUCAGAGGACAAGCCGUCUGUUUUUAGGGGGUCUACCACUCAGUUACCUGCCUUACAAGGGUGCUACGCCUUUCUACAACUAUUCUGGCUGCAUGGAGGUGAUAGAAAUUAACAAGCUCAGAGGGUUUUUCAUAUCCGCUGCCAUAUCUGGAAGUAAUGUCAAGAACUGCAGACGUGGAUGGAAUAAUGACACCCCGACAGCAUCUACAGCGUCCCCUAUGGAAGUAACCACGACGACCGUAAGCAGUGCUCCAAACCGAACUGUCUGGUCUCCACCUCCAGUCCACCCCCCAGCGGCCUGUUACGAGGGGCUGUGCCACAAUGGUGGGACGUGCCAGCAGCUCUACCAGCCAACCGGGGCCUUGUCCUUCCGCUGUGACUGCCCUCUGCAUUUCUCGGGACGAUUCUGUGAAAAAGACACAACGGUGUAUUUCCCAUUUUUCAAUGGCACUUCUUACCUGGAGCUCCAAUCCCUCACAUCUCUGCUGCAGUCUGACAUUCUGGGAGCGACUUCCUCCCCCACGAGAGAGAGCACCGUUACUCUCUACUUGACUGUGAAAACGCGGGCUAGCAACGGCAUAAUCCUUUAUGCUCGGGAACAGAAUUUUGGAGAUCGGUUCCUCCACGUGUUCUUGCAGAACGGGAGGCCCGGUGCCAGAUUGGGCUGCAGUGGCAUUCGCCCUCUGAGUGCCGUCGCCGCUCGCAACAUCAGCAAUGACAAACUAACAGCCAUCACAGUGCGAUACCGGCUGCCCGUCGAAGGAGGCGUAGGCUUGUGUAUGAUUGAAGUAGCCGUAGAUAAUGGAACGGCAAGCCAGCAGAGAGAGUACCUGUCCCACCCAAUGUCGGAGGUGGCCUUGGGGCCGACGUUUCUGGGCGGCGUGCCAUCUCCCUCGGAGCUGCACGUGGAGGCCGGCAGGAUGCCCGGCUUCGUGGGCUGCAUCAGAGAGCUGCAGAUUAACACCAGGGAGCUGGACGUGGCCGCGGAGGCUGUGCGCGGCCGGAACAUCCUCAACUGCCACACAUCCGUCUGUCAACACCAGCCCUGCCGCAAUGGCGGCACAUGUGUCAGCGACGCAGAGGACUGGGCCUGCGUGUGUCCGCCGCUCUUCUCCGGCAAACUGUGCCAGUUCACAGCCUGCACCAGGAGCCCGUGUGCCCACGGCGCCACCUGCAUCCCCCAGUCCCAGACCGAGGCCGUGUGCGUGUGCCCAUACGGGCGCCGCGGGCUCCUGUGUGAGGACGCCAUCAACAUCACCCGUCCCCGCUUCAGUGGGAUAGAUGAGUUUGGGUACACAUCCUUCAUGGCGUACUCCCCCAUCCCCAGUGCCAACUUCUUCUACCAGUUCCAGCUGAAGCUCACGUUUGCCAACAACGGCUCGGCCAUGAAGAACAACCUCAUCCUCUAUUCCGGACAGAAAGGACAAGGUAUAAAUGGGGAUGACUUUCUGGUGCUGGGUGUGCGGAGUGGCCGCAUCGUCCACAAGUUCAACCUGGGCUCAGGUGUGGGGACUGUCGUCAGCGAGCGCCUCAACACCAGGAUCAGCAUUCACACUGUGCGCUUUGGCAGAUAUCUCAGGACUGGGUGGCUGAAGGUUGAUGGCCAAAAAAACAAGACAACAUCCUCUCCAGGGCAACUGGCUGGCUUGAACACCUUCAGUCAAUUUUAUGUUGGAGGAUACAAUGAGUACACUCCAGAGCUGCUGCCAGUGGGGGCCAGAUUCCAGAAUGGCUUUCAAGGUUGCAUAUUUGAUUUGCAAUUUCGGACCAGAGGAGACGGGAGGUUCAGAGCUCCAGGCCAGCCUGAAGGCCACCCCAUCAGUGGGCGCAGCGUGGGCCAGUGCGGCAUCAACCCCUGCUCCGUGGUCCGGUGCCAGAACGGAGGGACGUGCAUGGACUCCGGCUCCUCUGUGUACUGCCAAUGUCUUUUUGGAUGGAAAGGAGCUCUGUGCUCUGAGAUGGUGUCCGUGUGCGAUGCGGAACACAGCCCCCCACCCCUGUGUGCCAAGGGUUCCACCUGUGUGCCGCUCCCCAGAGGUUACACCUGUCUGUGUCCACUCGGCACAGCCGGACAGUUCUGCCAGCAAGCCUUGGCUAUUAGUGACCCUUACUUCAGUGGAAACCUGUCCUCCUGGAUGUCAUUCUCCCCAGUCAGUGUGAGACACAAGACACAUCUGCAGAUGCAGUUCCAGACUCUGUCAACAGAGGGCAUUAUGUUCUACAUGGCACAACACCUUACUGCCCGAGCAGGUGAUUUUCUUAGUGUGUCUCUGACCUCUGGAUUUGUUCAGCUGCGCUACAACUUGGGAGAUGACACAAUCAUGCUGCAAUCCACAAACAAGGUAGACCACACUGGCCAGAUCUGGCACAACCUGCAGACAGGGAGGCAAGGCGCUGACAGCUACCUCAUCCUGGAUGGAGAGGAGGUCACCCAGAACGCCACCGAGGUCAUGACAACCCUCGACGUAGCAACAGACAUCUUCAUUGGAGGGGUGUCCAUCCUGAGUGCAGUCACUGCCAGUGCGGUGGAAAACGAGCCUACUGGGUUCACCGGUUGCAUCCGAGAGGUUGUCGUCAACGGCAUCGACCUUGACCUCACCGAAAAAGGGGCGAUCAGUGGCGCCAAUGUCGGCGACUGGGAUGGGACGGCCUGUGGGUACAAAGUGUGCCAAAACGGUGGGCUCUGCCGCGCCAUUGGCCUGACCUCAUUCACCUGUGCUUGUACCCCUAUUUGGACAGGACCCAAGUGCGAGCAGUCUGUUUACUGCCUUGGCAACCUCUGUCGGUACGGUUCCCUCUGCAUUGCGAAUGUGACGGCCUCUUCCUACUCCUGCAUGUGCUCUCUCGGAUGGAAUGGGCCAUACUGCAACGAGCCAAUGUCUAUGAACGCCGUCAAGUUUGUUGGCAAUUCAUAUUUGAAAUACAGAGACCCCCAGUACUAUCAAAGGAAUUUGAGAUACACCCAAAUCUCACUGAAUUUCACCACAAGCAAAGACGAUGGGCUGAUCGUGUGGAUGGGUAGGGCACAGAAUGAGGAUGAUGACUACCUGGCUGUUGGACUUCAGGAUGGCCACCUCCAGAUUGCCAUAAACCUUGGAGAGAGGAUCCCUGUCCCUCUUGUAUACCCAAACGUCACGUUGUGCUGUGACAACUGGAAUUUUAUAACCAUUGUUCACAACAGGACUGUAAUCCAGGUGUUCUUGGACGGAGACAGAGUCAUUUUUGAGGAUGUUGAUCCCUUUGAGCGCUACGUUGCCAUAAAUUAUGAUGGUGUUUAUUAUUUUGGAGGGUUUGAGCUGAAUAGAAAUGUGUCAGCCAUAACAUCUGGUCUUUUUUCUACAGGUUUUGAGGGUAGCAUUAAAGAUGUUAUUUUAUUCCAAGACACCAGAAAGCUGCAGUUUCUCCAAAGCUAUGAGGGCUUUAAUGUUUACAAAGGUGACGAGUAGCAGAUUAAAUAUUUAUAAUUCAUUUGAUUAAGGUUUUUUUAGUUUUUUGUCAUCAAUGUGAAUUUUCCUUUGUUGUAAAGUAUGGGCCAGUCAGGAUGUGUGUUAUUUGUUUCUCGUGAAAAGAAAGGAAUUUUUAAAGUGACUCAUACAAACGUACCCAGUAAGGAGCGAUAAAAGCAUUGAGGUGGGGCCAUUGCCUUAGAAAUACCUAUGUAAAGCAGACGGUUGCAUAUGUUGUCUGCAACCUGUAAAUAUCUGCAAGUGUGUAGGUUUUCAAUAGUUUUCUCAUAAAGAAGAGGAAUUUUAUUCAGAAGGUGCUACAAAAGUUAAUAACAUCGCCAUAUCUUUUCCCCCAAAUAUUAAUGUCUUAUUUUGGUGCUGUCAUUUACUGUUUAUUUCCACGGACCUAUUCAGCAAUCUUUGCUUAUA